AUGUCAUCUCCUCAGGCCAACGAAAGCGAUCCUCUCUUGUCCGGGUCCGGUCACGACCGCUCCGAUACCCAGGCCGAAAGCAAGGCCCAUCGAAACUCGCGUCUCCGUGAGCUCGGCUUGUUUGCCUGGGCUUUGAUCGCUACUGCCGCUGUUAUCGUCGUCGCUAUCUGGACCCAACAUGAGCAGCAGACAAAGCAUGACCACAACACGCCUGCAACGAAGCGAAAUCUCGUCUUCAUGGUGUCAGAUGGCAUGGGUCCCGCUACAUUGUCCUUGACUCGCAGCUACCGACAGCACGUUGAAGAUCUCCAUUUUGGCGAUACCCUCACCCUCGACAAGCAUUUCUGGGGCACGAGCAGGACUCGCUCCAACAGCUCCCUUGUCACCGACAGCGCUGCCGGUGCCACUGCCUUCUCCUGCGGCAAGAAGACCUACAACGGUGCCAUUUCUACUCUGCCAAACCACGAUCCUUGCGGAACGGUCUUGGAAGCUGCAAAGCGCGCUGGAUACCACACUGGUCUCGUUGUGACUACGAAGAUUGAGGAUGCGACUCCAGCCUGCUUCAACUCGCACGUUGUGCUCCGUGAAAUGGAAGAUGAGAUUGCUCUUCAGCAGAUCGGAGAGGGUGUACUCGGACGGACCGUCGACCUGAUGCUUGGUGGUGGUCGCUGCAACUACCUGCCUAGCAGCGCGGAGGGCAGCUGCCGAGCUGACGAUACCGACGUGGUCAAGAUUGCAAAGGAAAAGCACAACUGGACCUACGCUGAUGACCGGGCUGGUUUUGAUACUCUCAAGGGUGGCAACAAUGUGAAGCUGCCUUUCCUCGGACUGUUUGCGUCAAGCGACAUCCCCUUCGAGAUUGACCGCCGAAACCACAACGAUGUCUACCCUUCGCUGAGCGAAAUGGCUAAGACUGCUCUUCGUGCUCUUGAGAAGGCUACUGAGAAGAGCGACAAGGGCUUCUUCAUCAUGAUUGAGGGCAGCCGAAUUGACCAUGCUGGUCACAUCAAUGAUCCCGCCGCUCAGGUCCACGAGGUUCUUGAGUACGACAAGACCUUCCGAGCUGUCCUCGACUUCAUCAAGGAGAGCAAGACCGAGACUGUCCUCGUUGCAACCAGCGAUCACGAAACAGGUGGUCUUGCUACCGCGCUUCAGGAACCUGGCCACCUCCCUGUUUACAACUGGUACCCCAAGGUCCUUGCCAACGCGACUGCCUCAGCUGAGUGGCUCCACGCGAAGCUCAACGCCCAUAUCGCCUCUAACUCUGAGGCCAAGAAGAACAAGCAAAAGCUCAAGGAGUACAUUAACGAGGAACUCAUUAUCCGUGGUCUCGGUAUCUCCAACGCCUCAGACAAGGAGAUCACCACAAUUGCAGAGCACCCUGAGAGCGCCCUUGUCCUGUUCUCAGCCCUCAUUUCUUUGCGUGCACACAUUGGGUGGAGCACUCACGGCCAUACCGCAGUUGAUGUCAACAUCUACAGCUCUGGCGGACCCCGAACAGAGAACAUCCGCGGUAACGUGGAGAACACCGACGUGGGCAAGUAUCUGCGCGAGUACCUCGAGGUUGACGUCGACGCCAUCACCGAGGAAUUGCAGGACAAGAUGAGCAAGAUCAAGGUUCAGGAUGCAGGUAUGGAAGCCCUCGAUGAGGUAUGGCCUCUUGGAAACAAGCACCACGCUAUCCAGGGUUAG